UUACCCUCCGGAAGACAGUCAUACAGCAAUGUUCACAUCUCCCUUCAAACCUACAAGUGUCAGCGUCACCAAGGAACUGAUAGCCGAAAAUAAUUAUAAAAAUCCCGAUUAUGGCAGCACUCUACUGGAAACUUUAAAUAGGAUGCGACUGAAUCAAGAGCAUUGCGAUUUCUCUCUGCAAGUUGAUGAUGAAACGAUUUUCGUUCACAAAUGGUUACUUGCGGCUGCUUCACCUUAUUUUGGAGCAAUGUUAAGAAAUGAUAUGAAAGAGAAGGCGCAAGGCACAGCCGAGUUAAUCGACGUCGAUGCAUCUUCUGUAAAAGCGGUGAUGGACUACAUAUACAGCGGCAGCAUUAAAGUCACGGAGAGUAAUGCCCUACUUCUUCUAUCAGCAGCAGAUUUAUUGCAAAUAGACUGGGUCAAGGUGCAAUGCUGUCAACUUCUCAAACGGGUCCUAAAGCCGGAACACUGCUUUAGUCUUCAAAGAUACGCUGAUAUGCAUUCUUGUGACGAUUUGUACGAUCAUUGUCACAAAUACAUAUUAGAAAAUUUUCAGCAGUUGACAAACACCGAAGAAUGGCUCCUGCUAUCUUUUGAAGAGAUCGAAAAACUUAUGAAAGACGACAAACUCCGGGUCAUAGUUGAGGAAAACGCAUAUAAAGCGGUGAUAAAAUGGAUCAAACAUGACCAAAGGGCCCGCCAAGUACACCUUUCUGCAUUAAUAUGCCAUAUACGCUUGCCUUUCGUCUCCACUGAAUUCUUGACGAAUCAUAUAUUAGCUGAACCUCUCCUUAGAAAUGAUCUACAAUGCAGUCACUUCUUAAUUGACGCCUUAAGUUACCAACUAUUACCAGAAAGUAGACGAAAGUGUUUGUCGAGUGCCACUCAGGACGAGAAAAUGAUUAAGAGCAGGAACGAGAUAAAACAUUAUGUGCUGUUUGUCGGGGGUCAAUGUGUAAGAUCCUGGGAAGUAUUUAGCAGAUGCGAAAUUUACAACAAAGCCAGCAAUCAAGUGCUCUCUACUUCCAAAAUGAAAACGCCUCGAUGUGAAAUUGGUGCAGUUGCAUUAAACGGUCGCGUGUUCACAGCAGGCGGAUGGUUAGGUUCAAAUCAUUAUUCAAAAACAGCGGAAUGUUACGACGCUUCUAAAGGAAAAUGGACCGACAUUGCAUCAAUGAGCGACAUUCAUUUAAGCUAUGGAAUAUGUGCAUACAAUGAUCUCGUCUAUGUAAUCGGUGGGCGCAAUACUUCAACUGUCGAAUGUUACAACCCUUCGACAGAUCAAUGGCACAACUGUGCAAAACUACCUUUCACAUAUAAAUGUGGCAAUCAAGCUGCAGUUCUGGAAAAUUGUAUUUUUAAUUGCGGUAGUUUUGAAGAUAGCACGCAACAUACGCGUUCGUUGACUCGAUAUGAUCCGCGAGAAGGACGAUGGUAUGAUGUAAAAACAACAACAACAGCAAAAAGAUCUCCAGGAGAACAUUUCGUAUUGUUACCCUACAAACACUUCCUUAUUAGCGUUAAAAAUCAUUCCCAACGCUUUGAUGUACGAUGUAACAAAUGGGAAGACAUGCCAUGCAUGAAUUUCAGCAGAGGAGGCCAGUCGGCCGUAAUAAUUGAUGAAGACAUUUAUGUGUUUGGCGGCCGUAUUCCUUCCGAUCCCGACACACGUGUACAUAUUACUAGUGUUGAACGUUUCAAUUUGAACACUAAUAAAUGGACAAUAGUUGAUUCGGUAGAUAUUAAACACUGCAUUGGGGGCGCGGCUGUAAUCAAUGAAUGUUUAGAUUUCAGCGAAGCAUCCAAAUAA